AUGAAUUAUGAGCAUUAUCAAGCCACCAAUAAUACUUCUGACAUGGCGAGAACUACGCAAGCUGUAACCCAGCCUGCUUCGGUUGACAAUAACACUAUACAUGCAUUGGAACUGAUGUUUAGUAAAUUGGAAGUUACAUUCGAGAUUAAAUUUAACCGUUUGGAAUCCAGAUUGCUCAAUAAUAUAGGCUAUAUGACCAAUGCCUUUGACUUAAUGCAACAAUCUUUUGCGUCUUUUGCUAGCAUUUACAAUCCUUCCAACUCAAUCCCAUUUCAAAAUAUUGAGACAAGGAAAAAAUUAGUUGGGGGGUGGCAUUCACAGACAAAGGCUCACCUCACCACCAGUGCACAAGAGCAGAGUUGCUCAAGGACAGCAAUGCCAUGA